CUCUCCAGCUCUGCCCGUCCUCCCCCUUCCCGCCCCCCCCCCCCCCCAGUUUUUAUUCGUCCCCUCGUUUUGUACCAGCAACGCCGCCCCCCGCCGCCCCCCCCCGCCGCAAGAUGGUGCAGAAGAAGUCGGAAAUCCAGGGGUUCCACCGCUCCUUCAAGGGACAAAACCCCUUCGACCUGGAGUUCGACCAGUCCAACCACCUGGAGCCUGUCUUCAACUUCGAGUGCCCGUCCCGUCCCGACAUGCCUUCAAGUCAACCCAUUGACAUCCCUGAUGCCAAGAAAAGGAACAAGAAGAAGAAGCGCUGCAGAGCCACCGACAGCUUCUCCGGCAGGUUCGAAGAUGUUUACCAGCUGCAGGAGGAGGUGCUCGGGGAAGGGGCCCAUGCCAGAGUCCAGUCCUGUGUCAACCUCAUCACCAACAAGGAGUAUGCAGUGAAGAUCAUCGAGAAGCGCCUGGGCCACAUCCGCAGCAGGGUCUUCCGGGAGGUGGAGAUGCUCUACCAGUGCCAGGGACACAGGAACGUCCUGGAGCUGAUUGAGUUCUUUGAGGAGGAGGAGAGGUUUUACUUGGUGUUUGAGAAAAUGAGAGGAGGCUCCAUCCUGACCCACAUCCAUCGGAGGCGCCACUUCAAUGAGCUGGAGGCCAGCGUGGUGGUGCAGGAUAUCGCCAGCGCCCUUCACUUUCUGCACAACAAAGGAAUAGCACACAGGGAUUUAAAACCCGAAAAUAUUCUGUGUGAGAGCCCAGACCAGGUGUCCCCGGUGAAGAUCUGCGACUUCGACCUGGGGAGCGGCAUCAAGCUGAACGGUGACUGCUCCCCCAUCUCCACCCCCGAGCUGCUCACCCCGUGCGGCUCAGCCGAGUACAUGGCCCCGGAGGUGGUGGAAGCCUUUAACGAGGAGGCGUCCAUCUACGACAAGCGCUGCGACCUGUGGAGCCUGGGCGUCAUCCUGUACAUCAUGCUCAGCGGGUACCCCCCCUUCGUGGGCCACUGUGGCUCUGACUGCGGCUGGGACCGCGGCGAGGCCUGCCACACCUGCCAGAACAUGCUGUUUGAGAGCAUCCAGGAAGGCAAGUACGAGUUUCCCGACAAGGACUGGGCGCACAUCUCCUUUGGAGCCAAAGACCUCAUUUCCAAGCUGCUGGUGAGGGAUGCGAAGAAGCGGCUCAGUGCGGCCCAGGUCCUGGAGCACCCUUGGGUGCAGGGGUGUGCCCCGGAUAACACCCUGCCGACCCCCAUCAUCCUGCAGAGGAACAGCAGUGCCAAAGAGCUCACCUCCUUUGCUGCUGAGGCCAUCGCUGUCAACCGCCAGCUGACACAGCGUGACGAGGACGAAGAGGAGGAGGAGGAGGCGCGACCCAUCAUCAUCAAAGCUACCUCAUGGGCCAUGCAGCUCUCGCCCCCCUCCGAGUCCAAGCUGGCCAAGCGGCGGCAGAAGAGCAGCCUGGCCAAGGCAGUGGCCGCGGGGCAGCACCUGGUGGCCCCGCUGGUCCUGGUGGCCGACCAGGCUUGAGCCCUGCGCCAUUCCCCCGCGUCCAUGCCCUUCCCAGCCUCUCCUCCUCUUCUCUCCCCACCCCCCUUCCAGCCCCCCUCCCCAAAAACCAACACUGUUUCUAGCUGGUGACAAGAUCAGGACUCGUCCUGUUGGCUGGUUUCCAAGGUUUUGCUGAUCUUGUAGGGCUGGGGCUGGGAGGGUUUGUUUAAGAUUUUUUUUUUUUUUUUAAAGGUAUUAAAUCAAGCGUGAGGUUGCUUCACCCAGGGCACACUCAAGGACAUCUGACAGACACACGGACUUUUGUUUCUCGACUCUUGGUUUCUCCCCUGACAUUUCCCACCCCCUCCCCCCCCCCCCGCCCCAACACCAAAGGACUCUUUUUAUCCGCAGCUGCUUUGACUAUUUCAGCUCAUUUCAUACUGUGAACAAAAGCCCCUCGGUCGCAUUUCCAACAACAGUAGCAGCACUUUAACCUCAGCUCCCUCUGGAGCUGCAGGUUACCCCUGAUGUUGGGGAGGGGGCACGCAGGGGGGCCCCAUCCUGUCCCAGCUGCGCUUUCGGGGACACGCUGGCAUGGUGCAGGGAACUGUGGUGGCCAGAGGGGACGGUGCUGGUGCGGGAGCAGCAUCCCAUCCCGUCCUGCUGCCUGAAACCCCAGCUUGCAAACCUACUCCCUCUCCCCCCGGCAGCCAGCUUCCAGAAUAAGCUAUUCACUCACUUUAUCCUUUUAAUUUUUAAUUUUUAAUUGUUAUUGUUGGUUUUAAACUGCUAGCUGUGCUUCUCUACAGGGCACGGAGAAAUGUCUUCCUUUCCACCCUCGCUCCAGCAAGCGGCUCCUGGGGGUAAGGUCAGAGCGUGGGGAGAUGCUCAGAAUGGCCCUGAUGUGGUACUCCUGCACCGGGGGGGUUUGUGCACCCCUGGUUUCAGAGCAGCUGGAAAACCAAAGGAAAACAACCCUUUGGGAAUAACAGGGUGCUCCAUGGAUACAAACAGGAACCCCCCUUAUGUAGGGACCUGCUGCAGGGCAGCACAACCCAGCCUGGCUUCGGGCGGGCCCUGAGGCUGCGGUGGCAGAAGGGGGUGCCCUGGGGGUGGCGGCAGCACUAAAGGGUUGCCAGAGGGUUUGGGGUCAGGGUGACAAUGGUGUGGGGUCUCCAGGGCAACUGGAGAGAACUGGCUGCGUGCAGUGGUGGUCAUGGCGCACGUCUGGGCCUCCCUCGGACCCUGCUGUGGGAAGGCAGGGGUGCAGGCAGGGCGAGGUCUGGGAGAUGCUGGAUCAAAAAGCCCAUGUGCGGGUUCAGAGCCAGCUCCUGCAGCCAGUGGCCAUCCCUGUAUCCCCCCCCCCCCAUCCCUUCCCCUCUGAGCACAGGAAGGGAGGGUGCCCCGAUUGUUUGCAGUCUCCCCCCUCUAACUCAAUGCUUGGAGCUUUGUAUUGUAAAAAA